GCUCCGGCUGCCGCUGUCAGUUGGGCGGCUGCGUCCCAACAUGGCGCCGGCGGCAGCGGGGGCGGCCGCGGGGCGCGGGGCCGCGUCGGGCGGAUGGAAAUACUGAUGACGGUCCGGAGACUCGCCUCCAUCUGUACCAUGGGCGCCAAUGCCUCUGCUUUGGAGAAAGAGAUUGGUCCUGAACAGUUCCCUGUGAAUGAGCAUUAUUUUGGCUUGGUCAAUUUCGGCAAUACCUGCUACUGCAACUCCGUCUUACAGGCACUUUAUUUCUGUCGUCCCUUUCGGGAAAAAGUUUUGGCAUACAAAGUGCAGCCUCGGAAGAAGGAAAGCCUCCUGACAUGCCUCUCUGAUCUCUUCAACAGUAUUGCUACACAAAAGAAGAAGGUGGGAGUCAUCCCACCCAAGAAAUUUAUCUCCCGAUUGAGGAAAGAAAAUGAGUUAUUUGAUAAUUACAUGCAGCAGGAUGCACACGAAUUCCUGAACUACCUACUUAACACUAUUGCAGACUUACUGCAAGAAGAGAAAAAGCAGGAGAAGCAGAAUGGCAAACUCCAGAAUGGCAGCAUUGAGAGUGAAGAAGGAGACAAGACUGAUCUGACGUGGGUCCAUGAAAUCUUCCAAGGAACACUAACCAAUGAAACCAGAUGUCUUAACUGUGAGGCUGUUAGUAGCAAAGAUGAGGACUUUCUGGAUCUAUCGGUUGAUGUGGAGCAAAAUACAUCAAUUACACACUGUCUAAGGGGAUUUAGUAAUACUGAAACUCUAUGCAGUGAAUAUAAAUACUAUUGUGAGCAGUGCCGCAGUAAACAGGAAGCACAGAAGAGAAUGAGAGUGAAAAAGUUGCCCAUGAUUUUAGCUCUGCACUUAAAAAGGUUCAAAUACAUGGACCAGUUGCAUCGAUACACCAAACUCUCCUACCGUGUAGUCUUUCCCUUGGAGCUCAGGCUCUUCAACACUUCAGGAGAUGCUACAAAUCCUGACAGAAUGUACGACCUUGUUGCUGUAGUUGUUCACUGUGGCAGUGGUCCAAAUCGUGGACAUUAUAUCACCAUUGUGAAGAGCCAUGGCUUUUGGUUGCUGUUUGAUGAUGACAUUGUAGAGAAAAUCGAUGCCCAGGCCAUUGAAGAAUUUUAUGGGUUAACAUCAGACAUUUCCAAAAACUCAGAAUCUGGAUAUAUCCUCUUCUACCAGUCAAGAGACUGAGACAAAAGAUACAUGUAUACAAAUAAAAGAUGUAAAAAAAGGGAUCAAGAAAUGUCCAAAUGGAACAUAUUUGUGACAGCAGAAGCAGCUCCUCGUUGUUGCUGUAGGACCAGGACAGAGCCAGCAGGGUGAAUCGAGCCUUCUCCCUGCCAUUUUGUGGAGGAUUAGUGCUGACUGCCGAAACAGGAAGAGCUUUUGUUCCAGUUUUCUUUCUGGGCUUUUUUUUAUACGUGCUAUCUUCCAAAAUCUGUGUUACCUCUACUUGAAACCUGGCUGCUUAUUUGUUCAUGGACUGAAGAAAAGGUUUAAAAGUAGCAUUGUAGAAUUUUUACCAUUUGUUGUUGGCCUGAGGCUAUACCUUGGUUUCUACCAUCGUCGUUUUUCUGUAUUUUAGCAGAAUGAUUUCAAUAUUCAGUGUCAGCUGAAGGCAUAUUUUAGGAUAUGAACAGCAGCUGGUUGCUGGAUAUUUUUGGUGACUCAGACUUGAGAAGCAGUACAAAGCUAAGACAUAUUGGAAAUGUCAAGUCUAUAAUUUUUAUUAAAAGAAAAAAACACAACAGACAAAAAACCUCUCUGCAGCAUUGUAAAUUUGCCCGUUAUGGUUUAGAUAACACUACCAGCUCUGCUUCUUUUGAUGCUUUUACUUCUGUUCUGUCUCUUCCUCAGAAGGUAAAGAACUUAAUCCAUAUUAUUUUUCUUUUGAAGCAGAAGGGUUGUUUGUUUUUUUCUUUUGCCUCAAAGCCACAUUUGCUGCAGCUUGAAGGGGAGCAGGAAAGCAGUUACCUUUGUGAAGAAUCUUGUCUGGUAACCAGUUGCUGUAGAGAGUGUGAAGUUAGAGCAUUUCUUGGAGCUCUUUGUGUAAACCAAAAGUGCCCUCAUUCUGAAGCAGGAUCUGUUCAACAUUUCAUUCAAUGCAAUGAGCAUUUUGAAUCUAUGCUAAUCCACAGAAACAGCACUAACUGGGAAGGGUUAGCUAAGGGAAGCAUUAUUUAUGUAACUAACCCAGUUGUUCUUAGUCUUCAAGGUGAUAACCAUGUAAGAAGGAAAACCAACCAACCCUGACAUUGCCUUGCUAAAUGUUCCUCCUCAUCUUGUUGUAUCCAUUUGGGAAUCAUAACACAUCCCACCCCUAAAAAUGCUUCUGAUUAUUUUACCUCUAUAGGCCUUGCUUAACAGGGGAGAUUGGUACUCUUUUGAAGGCUGAAAUUCAGUAAUCCUCUGUUACAUGUGUGUAUAAGAGAAUCUCAAGGAUAACCAGAAGGAAAAGACGAAGGAAGAAAUCUCAGAAAAUCUUGUAGCUUUGUUUUGAGAAGUCCUGUUGCCGUGCCAAAGCUUGUCACAGCUGGCUCUAAACUACAAGUGGAGUUGAGUAUUCCCCUGUCCUCAUUUUGCUAGGUGACACAAGAGCUGUCCCCUCUGUGGUUGUUCCCAGUGCAGCCGUUCAUGGUAAUCGACCAGUGAUUGUUGUUCUCCAGGACAUUGAACUUAUGCAAUUCUGUGGCUUGUGCAGGAUAUCCAAUAUUUUACCAAAAUAUUGUCCUCAGGAAAACAGCAUUUCACAAACAGUUCCUUGUGGUGGCUGUAUGUAUCUUGUCUCUUCUUGUCUUGACCACAAACGUAAUGUUAUCGAUUAACUCCUGUCUUCAAAACACAAAUUAAUCAUUACCACUGUGUUCCACCUGGGUUGCAGGUUCCAUCUUCUCUUCCAGGAGAUAAAACAUGAACUUUGGCUUUUUAAAUUAUUUUUUAUUAUACAGAGUACUGUCAUUUCCAGAGACACAUUCAAUAACAGCGAGCGCUCUUGUCAUCUCCUUCCUAUCGUGUGGAAAUCCUUCCUGGCUUAAGAGUCUUCUCCCCCUGGUCACAAACAAGCUGUGAGUCUUCUCCUGGUGACGUUAUCAGAAGACUGACAUCACUUAAAUCUUGGGAGGAAAAAAAAAAAAAAAGGAACAAAAA